GUAUAUCAACGUCUGGGCAAUCACCCACACUCACCACUCUCUUCUCACCCCAUCUUCGCCACCACUCACAUCGUAGCAAAUAUGUCGACCGCAAAGCAGACGGUGACAGCCGGCCUGGAGAAGCUCCAGCAGACCGUCAAUGGCGCCUCCAACGCCAAGGUCGCAGACCUCGAGAAGAACACGAAGAAUGUGUUUGACGAACAGAACCGCAUCACCACAGACUAUGGCGUUCGCCAGCACACCACUGAUGACUGGCUCAAAGUCCAUUCGGAGAACAAGACUGGUCCUAUGCUGAUGGAGGACCACGCGGCCAGAGAGAAAAUCAACCGUUUCGACCACGAGCGUAUUCCUGAACGCGUUGUGCACGCCCGUGGAGCAGGAGCCUUCGGUACCUUUAAGAUGCACAAGAGCUUGGAAAAGUACACUUCAGCCAAGGUCCUCACAGACACAUCUCGCACCACGCCCACCUUCCUGCGCUUCUCGACUGUAUUGGGAAGCCGAGGAUCUGCAGACACUGUUCGUGAUGUACGUGGCUUUGCCAUCAAGCACUACACACCAGAGGGAAAUUGGGAUGUCGUAGGCAACAACAUCCCCGUCUUCUUCAUUCAAGACGCGGUGAAGUUUCCCGAUGCGAUCCAUGCAGGCAAGCCAGAGCCUCACAACGAAGUGCCUCAGGCGCAAUCCGCCCACAACAACUUCUGGGACUUCCAAUUCAUGCACACCGAGGCCACGCACAUGUUCAUGUGGACACAGUCCGAUCGUUCUAUCCCACGAUCAUACCGUAUGAUGCAGGGUUUCGGAGUCAACACCUACACUCUUGACAACGCGAAAGGAGAGCGAUUUUUCGUCAAGUUCCACUGGACUCCACAUCUCGGUGUUCACAGCUUUGUGUGGGACGAGGCAUUGAAGCUGGCGGGCCAGGACCCAGACUUUCACCGCAAAGACCUGUGGGAGGCAAUCGAGAAUGGUGCAUAUCCCAAGUGGGACUUUGGUGUCCAAGUCAUCCCCGAAGGCGAAGAGGACAAAUUUGACUUUGACAUCCUCGACGCCACAAAGAUCUGGCCCGAAGAUCAGGUGCCUGUCGAGUACGUCGGCGAGCUUGAGCUCAACCGCAACCCAGAUGAAUACUUCACCCAGACUGAGCAGGUGGCUUUCUGCACGGGGCAUGUAGUGCCAGGAAUUGGCUUCUCAGACGACCCUCUGCUCCAGGGCCGCAACUUCUCGUACCAGGACACUCAGCUGAGCAGACUCGGCAUCAACUUCCAGGAGCUGCCAAUCAACAGACCCAUCUCGGGUUGUCCAGUCAUGAACAACAACAGGGAUGGUGCAAUGCGACACACCAUCACCAAGGGCACCGUAAAUUACUGGCCAAACAGAUAUGAAGCCGUGCCACCUGCUGCGAAGGACGAACAGCCUGCUCCCUACAUCGACUACCCUGCUAAGGUUGAAGGUAUCAAGGCUCGUCUGCGGUCCAAGAAGUUCCAGGAGCAUUUCAAACAAGCACAGCUCUUCUACAACUCGCUGUCGAAGCCAGAACAGGUCCAUCUUGAAGCUUCCCUUGGCUUUGAGCUAGACCACUGCGAGGAUCCAAUUGUCUACGAGCGCAUGUCACAACGUCUAGCAGACAUUGACCUCACGCUGGCACAAAACGUUGCUGCACUUGUAGGAGGCACGGUACCACAAAAGGCAGGUCGCGAGAACCACGGCAAGAAGACUAUCCACAUUAGCCAGACAGAAUUCCCUGGCAAGACGCCUACGAUUGAGUCGCGUCGCAUCGCCAUCAUCAUCGCCGAUGGCUUUGACAAGACUGCGUACAACGGCAUCGUUGCGGCAGUGAAGGCAGCCAAGGCGCUUCCGUUCACCAUUGGCCCACGACGUUCAGCAAUCUACGCUGCCGGCGAGAGCAAGGAUGACAGCAAGGGUGUGCAGCCCGACCACCACCUUGAGGGCAUGCGGUCGACCAUGUUCGACAGUGUCUUCGUUCCCGGCGGUGCGGAUUCCGUCGCCACCCUCCGCAAGAAUGGUCGUGCUCUCCACUGGGUCCGUGAAGCGUUUGCUCAUCUCAAAGCUAUCGGCGCUGUUGGCGAAGCAGUUGACUUCGUUCGCGAUGCUUGCGAGCUGCCUGGUGUUGAAUUCUCUACUAGCGAUGCGGUUACCGACAGCUAUGGUGUCGUAACUGCUGCCAAGGUGCAGCCAAACAGCUUCAAGGAGACGAUCUCGAUGGCGAAGGGUGCCGCUGACUUUGUCGACGCCUACUUCUACGCCAUCAGCCAGCACAAGAACUUUGACCGGGAGCUGGCAGGAUACCCACCGAUGGUGGCUUACUAGAGGAGGAUAGUAGUUCUAGCACGUUAAUGAAGUUGCUGCAAAGCAGCUAUGAUCGAGAG